CUGAGCCAGCCAUGGGUGCCAGGGAGCUGGCAGUGCUGGAGGCUGUGGCACUGGCACUGGUACUGGUGACUCUCGUCGCUGCUGGUGGGGAAGAGGUGAACAAAGGGAAUGGCCUGAGAAGGCCAGUGUGUGGAGACGUGGUCAAGCUGCAGGCCUGUCCCCUGGUGUACUUGCCUGUCUGUGGGACCGAUGGAAACACCUACGUGAAUGAAUGUCAGCUCUGUGUCCAGCAAAUGAAAACCAGGCAAGAUAUCCGGAUUUUGAAAGAUGGGGAUUGUCAACCUAUCUGAGUUUUCUGAUAGGUUUCCUAGAAAGCCUAGGAACAGGUGAUUAAUUGAUCCUAUGUGCUCUAUGCUGAUUGCACUUUUAAGGUAGCAAUGGAGAAUAAUAAAAUAGCAUGCACAGUCUUA